CAACCCCAGCGGCGUCCCGCCAAACCUGCAAUUCUUCAAAAUCGGCGAAAUUUGUUAUAGGACAGCUUCGCGAGAGUGACCAAAGACGACCCGGCCCGGCUCACCCAUUUCUCCGCAGACAUCUACACUCCUCUCCCAAUAGCUUCAGCUUCAAAGUUGCCCACUAUGGCCGCUGCUGCUUCUGAGAGCUUCAUUCACCUGGCGAGGCCUUUGGCGCCCAAUACCGUGGGCAUCCAGACUAACCUUGCCCCGCUCACUGUCAACAUCCAGCCUCAGGCCGUCCUCUCUAUCCUCGAUCACGCCGUUCGACGAGACAUCCGAGAUACGCAAUCCACCAGAGUUAUUGGCGCCCUCGUCGGUACCCGAUCUGAAGAUGGCACUGAAGUCGAGGUUCGCUCGUGCUUCGCUAUCCCCCAUACUGAGGAGGAGGACCAGGUCGAGGUCGAUGUCGAGUACCAGAAGAACAUGCUCGCCUUGACCCUGAAGGCCAACAGGGGCGAGUCCCUCCUCGGCUGGUACACCACCUCUCAUGAGCUCAACAGCUUCAGCGCCCUCAUCCAGAACUUCUUCGGUAGCCCUGACACCGGCACAUUCCCCCACCCCGCCAUUCACAUGACCAUUUCUACCGAGCCCGGCGAGGACAUACAAUCUCGAUGCUAUAUCAGCGCCCCCGUUGCUGUGAACGCUGAGCGUGCUGCCGACAGUUGCCUUUUCAUCCAGGUCCCCCACAAGAUUCUCUACGGCGAUGCCGACCGAAGUGCUCUUGAGGCUAUCGCCAGCGCAAAGGACGCUGAGUCCCGAACAGCGCCCCUUGUCUCUGACAUUGAGGGUCUUGGUCGAUCAAUCGAGCAGACCAUCAGCCUUCUCGAUAGAGCGAGUGAGUGGAUUAACGGGGUUCUGGAUGAGGAUGAGGAACCCAACAACGCUGUUGGCCAGUACCUUCUCAACGCUCUGUCUCUCGCCCCCAAGGUUGAUCCUUCGCAGAUCGAGCAUGAUUUCAACAACCACAUUCAAGACGUUCUCAUGGUCAGCUACCUGGCCAACACUAUCCGCACUCAGAUCGACCUGUCCCAGCGGUUGGCUGUUGCCAACCUGACCAGCAACGAGAAGGAGGGCGAGGGCAAAUCGGAGGAGAAGGGUGGCCGACAGGGAGGCAAGCGAGGGGGCCGAGGUGGCGGUCGAGGUGGUGGCCAACAGCGUGAACCCCGAGAGCCAAGGGAACCUCGUGAGCCUGCUGAGUAAAGAGAUUUCGUGAAAAGAAGAAAUGGGAACUAGAUAUCGGAGUCCAGGUUAGAACAAGGCGAUGUCCCGAAGACAAGGAAAGUCUAGGAUAUCUCCCCCUGGCAUGCAUGGAUGUGAGAUGAAGCAUGGGUCAAUUGUUUCAAUAAAAUCAUGGCGUUGUGGUAGGCAUGAAAAUUCUGGCAUUCCUGGCCAUAGAAUCGAAUUCAAUCGUCAUAUAAAACUAUCUUCUUCCUCACCAGGUCCUGGUUUGAUCUCCCUCGCCAAAAAGAAUUAUAUCAAAGUGGUAUUGAACUCGUCUAGUAAAUUGGCCCUUGGCCUACAAAUUCAUGUCGUCCAUCCUGUCCACCGAUAACGCCAAGAUGCUGAAUAUACCGUGUACGCCU